AUGGCUGGAGUCUUCCGCGUGCAUCUUGGCUCUCUUGAUGUUAACAACAUGAGAGAAGAUGGUACCGCACCGCUGCUGUUCGCAGAAUUAGAGAUGCGUGAGAGAGGGGAUGUAUAUUACGAAACCGAUAGACAUGAGGAGCGUAUGGCUUUAUCUACAGAAUUAUUAUCUAAACUGUAUUAUGGAACUGCUAGUGUAGUAAAUGAGAUGGAGAAGGGAUGUAUCCUUUCAGAUGGUAAUGAUAGGACUAUAAUGAUAUGGGAUAAAAAGAAACAAGUAUAUUCAAUAGAAAAAGUAAAACAAAACUAUUUUUAUUACGGUACUCCUUCUCAUCUUUAUUUAGAAGGAGGUGGUCGUCUUUUCCUUCUUCAUCCUGUUGAGAAUGGGGAGUAUCUUCUCGCUGUUACGAUUCCACAAUCGCUUUGGCGAUGGAUGGGUGAAGUUAGUUUACAGAUUCUAUUAGCAACAGCAAUUCGUGGUUACGAGAUUGAUUGUAAUGUUGCAGCUGUUAUCUCUGUUCCUACAUAUUAUUCACUUCAUGAUCGUAUUUCAGAAAAUGCAAAAGCUGUAGAAAUGGCUGUACGAGAAAGAAUGAAACAAUUAAUAGAAUUUGUUUCAUUUCUAGAUCAAUGUGGACAUUCUGAAAAUGCCUCAUCAGAGACAUUACUGAAGGAAGGACAAGAAACUGUUCUUACUUUACAAAGAAUGUGUAGUGAACGUCCAUCCUCUCUUCGAGUUCAUAGUCGUCUAUCAAGUACAUUAGAACAACUCUUAUGGUCCGCUACAAGUUAUUCAGAUUAUAUUUCUUUAAAUGGGGCUUUCCCAACAGGUGGUAUGUGUGAAGGUUUUAAACGUCUUGUAGUCACAGCCGCAGCGGUGUGGUAUCAGGGUGAACCACUUUAUUCGAAUGCCUCUAUAGAAGUUUAUGAAUCUAAUCUUUUACCAGCUGUUAUUUCCACCUAUGGAGAGAAAUGUUUAACAAGGCGUCAUCAUAGUAAUAUAAUGGAAGAUUCCAUAAUGAUUAAAUGUUUAGCCAUGUACUCAGAAACGAAAAGAGGUAGUGCUUGUACAGCAGGUUACUUCAAGCAAGAAGAAAAACAACAACAAAAACAACAACAAAAUGAAAACUCAUCUGCUGUUUGUGUGACUUUUCUUUCUUCAGGUGGAUGGGCUAUUGUAUUGCGUUUAGAAACAGCAUUAAAUGUAUUUACAGGUGCCUCAAUGCCGAAAAUUAUAUCUGGUGUAAGAAAUAUGAUUUCCAUGACACUUGAAACUCCAAAAUUUACUACAUUAGUUCAACAGAUAAUAUCAGGAAAUAUGUUUUCUCUUUAUUCUAAAGCUACACUUACACAACCUACAAUUUCCUUUAUGCAAGUAGUUCGACAUUUUGGUAUAUUUUCACGUUAUUUUACUACUUCUAACUGUAUAUCAAGAGGACCACGAGAUGUUUGUCUCUAUCGUUAUGAACGGAAUACAAAAGAUACAAAUCAUCUCUCAAAACGAGGAUCAUGGCCAGUGAAUAUGCAUAAUGCGGUGGUAACUCUCUUGGAAAUGAUUACUUUAGGCUUUCGAUAUAAAUCUUCUAUUGGUCAAAGUGGUAUUCAUAGUUCCUCACCUUUUUCGUUACUACGUGGUCAAGGUGUAGUUGGUGUACUUUUAGCGGUUCCUGUGUACGGUACAGUUCCUAAGAUUUUAUAUUUUUUAGCAGAGAUAGACCAGUCGGGUGCCCCUGCAGCGACAGAACUUCGUGCUUUUGCAGCAUGGAUAUUAUCGAAGGUUGUAUAG